AUGAAUGAUAGUGAUGCUAAUUAUCUUGAUGCCAUUUUAACACAUAUAUAUGUCCCUUACGCUCAAAUAAAACAUCGACCAAAUGAAGGUCAAUUGACUAAAACACGGCAUCAACAUACAAUGCUUACUCGCGUAAUUGAAAAUGACCAUGCCGAAUGUAUUCAAGUAGUGUUAGAGAAUAUCUUUAAUGGUACUAUUUAUCCAACGAUUGUGGAUCACGUUUGUUCAACCGGCAGAACAGCGCUUUGGUAUGCAUGUAGAAAAGGAGAUCUUGAUCUUGUGCGGCAGCUCAUUGAAUAUGGUCAUGCACAUAUUGCAAAGUGUGGAGUUUUGAUAGUUGCUGCUCAAAAUGGUCACACAAACAUAGUUGAGUAUCUUUUAAGUAAAGGAUGUGAUCCAAAUCGACGUGCCAAAAACUACAAUGAGACAUCUUUACAUGCAGCUUCUCGUCGUAAUCAUCUCGCUAUAGUCAAUUUACUUCUUAAACAUGGUGCUGAUCCAAAUAUACUCGAUUACAAAAAAAGAACUGCUCUUGAAUAUGCCAUACAUAAAAGGCACAUCGAGAUUGCCAAAGCACUCAUCUAUCAUCAAGGUGGAAAUUUUGACAAAAAUCAAUUUGGUUUCACACCACUAAUGGCAGCUGCUAACUUUAAUAAAACACCCAUAGUAAAAAUACUUUUAGAUAUAUUACCUCGUCAACAAGCUCUAGAAGAGUUGACACUACUCGCCUGUAAAUAUACAAUCGAUGGUUAUACACCAUGGUCUCUUACAUCGUUGUCUCCAAUUGCGAUUACAUGCUUAUCAAUUGGCAAGCCAAAUGAAACACAAGGAUUGGGAUGA